AUGGAGGAGGAACACAAUCGCUCUUUACCCUUUCUUGAUGUUUUGGUAACCAGACAGGACGCAGAGACUUUGUCACAUGCAGUCUAUUGCAAACCAACACACACCGACAGAUAUCUAAACAAAUGCUCGUUUCACCAUCCGUCCACCAAGAAGGGAGUUUGUAACACACUCAUCAGAAGAGCACAUUGCAUCAGCGACCACAACUCCAUCAGGAAAGAAGUGCAACAUGUUAAGGCAGCCCUUAAACUUAAUGGUUAUCACACAAGAGACAUUGCUACACCCAGACCCAGCAACAGGCUAGAUAAUGCAGAAUCGAGAAAGUCUGUGUGUUUACCAUAUUUGGGACAGCUUUCACACCGCAUUCAAUGCAUUCUAUCACAAGCCGAUGUCAAAGUGUUUCAUAGCGCACCCAACAAACUAUCCCCAACUCUACAAACACACAAGAACAAACCACCAGCACAGAGUCAACCAGGAGUUUAUCGGAUCCCGUGCGAAUGUGGGAAGGUUUACAUUGGUGAAACAGGACGAGAUCUCCGCACUAGGCUCAAGGAACACCAAGGCCAUGCCAGGAGAGGGGAACAAGAAAAAUCUUCUAGUCAUGCAUUCCCAUAG